AUGCCUACUGGAACGCCCUUCAACGCAUGUAUACCCCCCUACAACAUUCGGGUGGACGAAUUUGCGUCGUCCGCGGCGCUGGAAGAGCUCGGGACGACUCCAGCUCUUCAUCUGUUAACCCACACGCAUUCGGACCACAUAAAUGGGCUUUCCGCAAAGUCGUUUGGUCAUACGGUGUAUUGCUCGCAAGAUGCGAAGGAGAUGCUGUUGAGGCAUGAGGUUUUUGCGGAACGGGAGCUUCAUGAAUUGGAGUUGAGAGCAGAGAAAGUUCGGACUUACUCGCAUUUGAAGGUCGACCCGUUGCUCUUCCCGGAUGGGACGAUGUAUUAUACUGGCUCAAGGGAUCUCUUGAAAACUCUGCCCCUGCACACUCCUACCAAGAUGGAUAUUUCCGGUGACGAGGCUGUUACGAUAACGCUUUUGGAUGCAAAUCAUUGCCCAGGAGCCGUCAUGUUCUUGAUCGAAGGUCAGAGAGGCGCCAUAUUGCACACUGGUGACUUUCGCGCGGAGCCUUGGUUUUUGGAUUCUAUCGUCCGAAACCCAUUUCUCCAGCCAUAUCUGUACCAAGGACCAGAUUCCGUUCCGUUCACAAUCAGCAAGACGCUUGAAGCCAUCUACCUGGAUACUGCAUGCGUACUUUCGCCACUAGCAGUCCCAACAAAGGGAUGCGCCACGUCAGGUCUUAUCGAACUGAUGAAGGUAUUUCCGUCAUCAGUUUACUUUUUCAUCAACUCUUGGACUUGGGGAUACGAAGACGUCUUGAAAGCUAUAGCGCAGUCAUUCCAAUCCAAGAUCCACGUGGACCGAUACAAGUAUUCCAUCUACCAGCACCUAUCGGACCCCUUCCUGCGCCUCAUCACGACCCGUGAUUCCUCUUCCACCCGCUUCCACGCAUGCGAACGGUUCCAUCGCUGCGAAUAUGUGAUGGUGGAUAACGAACAGGACAAUUACUCAAACGCGGUGAGCCAUAUGGGCAAACGCGUCAUCUACGUGAAUCCGGUCUCCAUGGGAAGCGUGAGCUGGGACCUCUACCUUCGAGAUACGAAGGCUCGGCUUAACGCUGGGGAGGAGAUCAAUAACCUGCUGGUGCCUCUUUCGCGACAUUCACCACUCCCAGAGCUCCAGGCUUUCGUCUCACUCUUCCGUCCCCGGCGUGUGGUACCCAACACACUGGACCCACGGCUCCACGGUCUGGAUUGGGCGUGUACAGAUCGCAUGUUUGCUGACCAUAUCCACCCCUCCGCUGCGACACCCUCUGAUUCGGGUAGAGUCUCCGGCGGAUUGUCAGACAUCUUGUUACCCCAUGCACAAGACGACGGUGAUGUCGCACUGAAGAACCUUGUGGGCAAUGGAGCUGCUGAUGCCGCCGCACGUUGGGCAGAUGGUGGGAAGCUUUUAAAGAAACUCGAUGUCGUCAGGAGUUAUCUGGAUGCAGAACAAAACGCGGUUAUUGACCGUCUUUUGGGUAUAUCGAAACCUGCACCCCUAGUCAGAGCUACGAGCGCUCCGACAAGGCAAGACAAGGGAAAAGGCAAAGCCAUAGCCCCACGGUAUGGCAGGGAAAGCGAUGGAGACACCGACUUCAGUGAUAGUGACGACGAAAGGGGGAGAACUGCGCAUUUGCUUUUCGCUAGCCUGGCAGGGAUUGAAGAGAAGGAGAACGCGUGGUGGGUGUCUUCGUCCCCGUCACAGAGAGUCAGUGACGUGGAUGUUCUCCCCGAGCAACCCGCUCCUGUUGCUGGUCCGUCUUCGAGGAAAAGUGGUGGUGGUAGCGGUGAGCCCCGAGGUGGGGAUGCGUCGCGGAGGAAGAACCGGCUUCUGACACCUGUGUCUUCACCCAUUCGACCUCGUCCGAUGAAACCUUCUCCGCUACAGAUGAAGAUGAAACCUCUUCAGCCAUCACCCCCUCUCAGCACACCACAGCGGUUUAGGAAACUGAGCCCUAUUGGGAGGGGUUAUACUCUCGGCUCUCCUAUAUACAUCCUAUCCUCUUCGCCACAGGCCAUGCAUUCUAGCCAUGGUCUCCCUGUUGGAAAGGGACUCGCAUCCGAGUCUGCCACCAAAGGCGACAAACCAAGAGCCCCCUCGUCUACGCGAUCGCUGCUGACGAAGACAAACUCCCAAAUCAUCCAUCGGCAAGUGCCUGCUGUGGAGACAACCCCAGUCGCGAAGAAAGCAGGUCAUAAGGCCUCUCGCAUCGAAUUAAAGCCCAUCUCUCAUUCUCCCUUCUUUACUCCCAAAAAAAUGGAGAACCUCACCGCCUUAUCUGCCAAUAAGCCUGCCACUCUCAUCGCCAAUCCCAAAACACCCACCAAAUCAGCUCGAAAACGAGUCGCUCAUGAGUUGCCCAUGGAAGCUAUCGACCUGAAACGUCCUCGCCUUGACCCUCCAAAAGCAAGGCCUUCAACCCCAAGAGCGAAAAACAUUGCGAGCAGUCCAAAGAAGGCAGCAGCACGAGGAUCUUCGAGCUCCACGAGGACACCCCUCCCUCUCUCCCCUGUAAAGGUUUCUAGCGCUAAACGUCAACGCUCUGAGCUACAGCUCCAACGUAUUCGAAUCGGAGAACGUCUCGCGCAGGCUCGGCCGGAUCUGAACGCACCCACUUACGAGAAGAAGCGGGCAAGUUUGAUUGCACGGUAUUCUACCAUCAUGGAGGAGGUGCCCCAGAAAGAGGUACAAAGGGGGAAAGGCAAAGAACGCCCGUCGAGUUCGAUACCACCAGCACUAAUCCGCCCGGUUGUAGCACAAGAGAAGACGAUACUGUCCUUUGAGACCGUGGAUGACGAUGACGGUGGGAUGGAUUGGAAUCGGAGUAGGGAACUUGCGGCACGGCUGAAGGAGGAUAUCGCUAAUGGGAGACGGCCGGUGUUACCUGCGCUGCUAUGUGCCGAGAGUCAGUCCCAGGAUUGGGAGAGUGGGAGUGGGAGUUGA